AUGGCUACUAAAACCGUGCAACGCUGUGAGGCGAACGGCAUUUCGGUCAUUGUAGCCGGAGCCGGAGUGGGUGGCCUCACGACAGCCCUCGAAUGCUGGCGCAAAGGCUGCGACGUCCGCAUCUUUGAGCGGACGAGGGAGGCGCUGACUUCUGGUGACUCUUUCACCAUCGGCCCAACAGCUCUCGACGCCUUCAAGAACUGGCCAUUUCUGCAACAGAGGACGCGAGAGAUCUCGUACCAUCACAUGAUCGCCUACCAUCACAUCACAGGAGAGCGUUUCGCCGGACCACUGGAGGUCACACAGCUAGUGUCUACGAGUGUCAACAACAGGCAGUUCCAUCGCCAUUCGAGGCCCAAGUUCCACGCCAUGCUGUCGGAACAGCUUGCACAAGUUGGCAUCCAGGUAGAGUACGGCAAGGCAGUCGUCGACUACGCCGAGGACGCCGAGAGCGGCAAAGGUAGCGUCGUGCUCGAGGACGGCUCGGGCCACCAAGCGGAUCUGGUCGUCGCUGCGGAUGGCGUCAAAGGUCGCUCGUGGGGACUCGUCGCUGGUCAACCGGUGCCGGCUAGGAGUAGUGGCAAUGCCAUCUACAGGGUUGCUUACCCGGUUGGCCUGGCGCUGGCAGAUCCUGCUGUCGCCGAGCGGUUUCCGUUGCGCGAGGAUGGGCGAUCAGUCAUCGAAUUAUGGAUCGGCUCUGGCAUGAACGCUUUCUUCUGGCGGAACCAGGAUGAGAUGCAGUGGCUAGUGCAGCACGAGGACAGUCAAGACCGUGACACCCCCAGCAGCGGGUCCGCCAAAGAGUCCUGGUCACACCGAGUAAGCCCGGAAGAGGUCAUCAAGUAUGUGGCAACCAUACCCGGCUGGCCCGAGAUCGGCACCCGAGUCAUCAGAACCACGCCUCCAGACCAACUGGUCCAUUGGAAGCUCAUGUGGCGAGAUCCCCAGCCGAAAUGGACCUCCCCAGCCGGUCGCGUCGUCCAGCUCGGCGAUGCCGCGCACACAUUCCUGCCGAGCUCGGGCAACGGCGGUACGCAAGCCAUGGAGGACGCCAUAUCGCUCGCAGCAUGCCUAGCCAUGGCCGGCAGCAAGGAGAACGUUCCGGACGCCAUUCGCAUGCAUAACCUCCUCCGCUUCGAGCGUGUGUCGUGCUUGCAAGCCUUUGGGGUGCUGAAUCGUCAGAAGAACACUUCGGAGCGCAAGCAGGACGGCAGCGAUGCGAAGCAGAAGCAGGUCCACAUCGGCAGGUGGAUCCUGGAGCACGAUCCUGAGCAGUAUGUCGUGGACAACUAUGAGAAAGCACUUGAGUGCUUGCGAGAUGGAGGCGAAUGGGAGAAUACGAACAUACCACCUGGGCUUGUGUACAGGCCGUGGACGAUCGACGGGCUGCUGGAGGCACAGGCCAAAGGUGAGCCGACGGUGUUGGAUGGUGACUGGGAUUGA